CUCUCCUCCUCCUCUUCCUCGCUUUCUCUCUCCGUCCGUCGCCAGAAUGUGUGUCCGUAUGUGUGUAUGGAGCGAGAGAUGUGUGUGUGCGCCAGGAUCUGACAACGCGCUGGGGCUGCGUUUCCCAAUGAAAGGCUCAGCUCUCUCAGUUUUCCGUGCGUCUUUUUGUCGCUCUCAUUGUCUUUGUCGACAGUGAUAAAGAGAGCAGUUGAACCAGUGGCUGGAUUUUGGAAUAAGAAAAGCAUUGCUGUUUUCUGACUUUGGGGGAAGAAAGAAGGGACUCCUCUGGAAUUUCCUCAGGAAUUUUUUUUUCCAGGACUACUCCCGUUUCCGGGGCUUUGCGUUCUCCCGUCUGGGUACAUAAUGUGACAAACUAGUCCACACUAGGGAGAUUCUGAGGAGUUCUCUUCUUUUAUCACUCUGGUCCGAGGCAGCAAUCGCCAUUCAACAUUCCAAACUGGUGAGGUCACAGGGGGCGUUCAUUUCUGUGCUGUGUCGGCGAGCAGCAGCAGCAGCAGCAUCAGGCAGCAUGUUGGCACCUGCGUGAAACCACAAGCAGGAGCCUAAUUUCUGUCUGUCCUCUUACCUGAGACAUCAACCACAGGAUGAGGCCUGCGGCAGGUCUCAGGGGAGAGAAUGUUCCUUGACUUUCACACCUUCGACCUCAAGCUUUUGAACUGUAGGGACGGCUGCUUGAGUUCUGAAAGGCUGUGAAUACCCUGCAUCUGAGAAAUCAGACCAGACUGACUCACAGGGCCCUGUGAGCCAGUGCCACCAAGGCUGCCAAAGCAUGCUGGUGCCAAGCUGUCCCACCAUGCACAGAGCCAGACCCACACUGCUGCUGCCGUUGCUGCUUGUCCUGGGUCUGUUCCUCCACCUCGCCGACACUCAAACACCACCAAAGUUUUUAAGAACCCCCAAUGACCAAACAGGCGUGCAAGGUGGUGUGGCAUCCUUCAUCUGCCAGGCUACGGGAGAUCCACGACCGAAGAUUGUGUGGAACAAGAAGGGGAAGAAAGUCAGCAACCAGAGAUUUGAGGUGAUCGAGUUCGAUGACGGCUCUGGUUCAGUGCUAAGAAUUCAGCCAUUGCGCACGCCUCGAGAUGAUGCCAUAUAUGAAUGCGUUGCCUCCAACAGUGUUGGAGAGACCAGCGCUACCACCAAACUCACUGUUUUACGUGAGGAUCAGCUGCCCCCUGGUUUCCCCACCAUAGACAUGGGCCCACAGUUGAAAGUGGUGGAGCGCACACGCACUGCCACCAUGCUGUGUGCUGCCAGUGGCAACCCUGACCCAGACAUUUCCUGGUUCAAGGACUUCCUCCCUGUCAACACCACCAACAACAACGGGCGCAUUAAACAACUCAGAUCAGAAUCCUUUGGUGGUACACCAAUAAGAGGAGCCCUCCAGAUAGAGCAGAGUGAAGAGUCAGACCAGGGGAAGUACGAGUGUGUGGCGACCAACAACGAUGGAACCCGUUACUCUACUCCUGCAAAUCUAUAUGUCAGAGAGCUGCGAGAAGUGCGUCGAGUGCCUCCACGCUUCUCCAUUCCACCAACGGACAAUGAGAUUAUGCCAGGUGGCAGCGUCAAUAUCACGUGUGUGGCGGUGGGCUCUCCUAUGCCAUAUGUCAAGUGGAUGCUGGGUGCUGAAGACCUCACGCCAGAGGAUGACAUGCCGAUUGGCCGCAACGUUCUUGAACUUACAGACGUCCGGCAGUCGGCCAACUACACCUGUGUGGCCAUGUCAACACUGGGGGUGAUAGAGGCAGUGGCACAGAUAACAGUCAAAGGUAGGCCUUAGAACUGGGUGUUUGAGCUUCCACGGCGGGUGAGAUAACAUGACAUAAAAAGUGAACAAUUACUCUUGAUAUGAAAGUCAAAUGUUCAGAUUUUAAAGAUGUGCUAAACAACUAAGAUUUGCAACUACUUGUAGUGGUAAAAGCAAAAAUUCUGUUUUUGAAAAGCCUUAUUUUUGCUACCAUUAAAAGUCAGCCUCACUAUAUGAGAUGUCAGAUUAUAAAAUACAGUGAAUGGCUUAUCUGUCAGAUGUAGUUCUGCAGAGGCAGAUAUUCCAGCAUUUCUGUUUGUGGAAUGUGAAACACUGAAUAUUUUAUUUUCGUGUCUUCUGUAGCCAUGGACUUAUCAGAGUGCAAUCAUAUCUACACUGCAGCGAGCGACUAGAUAUCCAUGACUAGUAUGGCUGUGUUCACUUGCACUCAAGGGACACAAGAGUCACAUAUACACACGCCCAGCUUUGUUUUUCUAGACAUAACAUAGAUAUUAGUCACAAUAUAACAAUCUGGCAGCGAGCUUCCCCCAUAAGCACACUUCACAUGGCAUAUUAAGACAAUUUAUGGCUUAGAUAUCUGUUGCCGUUUGCCACAGCGUGGGGAAUUAAAGCAAUAAAUUUACCUGUUAAAUUAUUUAAAUGAUAAACACUGGGAAAUCCUGGAUUAAAGACAACACUGUUUUCAGAACCUCAGCACGCCGUAUGCAAGGUUAUAGCCUCGGAAAUAAUAUCUAAUAUGCAUUGUUGUUUUCAAGCAAUGUAAACUACAUAAAUGAAAUAGAAUCAAUGGAUAUUAUGGCCACAGUGAACAAAAGGUGCCAGUGUCCCAAGACUCAGGACAAACUUUACAUCAUCUGUAUCAGGUGCAGUGAGCUGAGAAAUGAGAGCAAUCAAUAUUAUUCAACCAUUAACAAAUUAAAACAAAGUCUCUGAGGACUGUGACAUAAAUCA